CGUGAGCGCCUCUAGCAGCAACAGCUAGUCUCGUCCCUCUACUUGUUCAACGCUGGCAUCGAAGUUUUCUGAUUAAACAGAAAAUCGUGUUCCGCCUUUAUUUCUGGCUUCGCUUUCCAUCAAAAUUGAAUCUGGUUGGUCUCCAGGCAAAGUUGGACGGCACCAGGCUGCGCAGUCGUACUAGGUCCUGAUCAAGUUGGCCAGUUCCCAAUUCGAUAACUGACCGGAAUCAUGUCUACUCAUAUUCGCCCUCCCCCGCCCGGUGAAGAGGAUCUCCAACAUCUCUAUGAUGAAGUUUGGCGGAUCUUUGACGGUGAAACAGCUUCCCCUACCGAGCGCUCGCCAACAAGUGCAGUCUCUGCCCAUGCACACGAGCCCUACCCUAAUGGUUCAUUCCACGACGUUGGUGCGACAAUAUCUCCAUCCUCCUCAAUCCGCAGCGCCCUUCCUCGCCCUCCUAUGCCUGCACCUCAGCGGCCCCAUUCACGUAAGAUACGCCCACUGCCCGAUUCUGCGACCUCUCCUACCCCAUGGAGAUUGAGACCACUUCCGUUGCCUCCAGACUUCCGCUUCUUCAAACACAACGACAAUAGAGAAACCCACCAGCCAAGAAUCGCCAGUUUCUCCGUCAGAUCCGCUGAAUGAUCUUACCAACGAACUCCGAGAAAGAUCGCCCUAUCCGGUUACUUCCGGAGGUUUUGGGGACAUCUGGAAGUGUCUUUUAGUGAAGCACACUGAGACCGUCCAGGUAGCAGUGAAGACCAUUCGCGCUUUCGAG